AUGUCGAAGCGACUGAGGGUGCGACCAAGGCCUCCAUUGCCUGCGCGGCCUCUCUUAUACGCUCUAUCCCCGUCUGUCACUGACGUGCUCGACCUGCAACGCGAGCUGCACAAUGCCAUCUUUGGUGCUAGCAGAUCCGUCUCGGUCGUGGAUGGCAGGGCUGCUUCUCCAAUAGUGCAUGCCACAACCAUACCGCAGAAUCUGCGACUCUCCAUCGAUGGCUUUGAGGUGUUUGGCAAUCCGCAACAAGUGCUGAGAGAGGGGGACACCAUUGAGUGAGUGGCAAGUCGAAGAGGUGUCAUAUGCUGGGAGCGACAUGGGCUGAUGCUUCCGCCUGGCUCAAUCUUGCAGCGUAUUUGUCGUAGAUGGUGUUGCCGAUGAGAGUUCCUUCUUUGCUGGACAGAAUGGCACGCCUGUCCCUCUCGCACCUCCUUCAGCACCACUAGCAGUACCCUUCUUUGAGGAUUCGGCCGCACGCUCAUCUGCCAAGCGCCACAGGGAGUAUGACGCUCAGCAACGCUCUUCCGCGGCUGCUGUGUACUCAGCAGCCGAUGACCAGGCUACUUCCAGCGGCAGCAAACGAGUCAAAGAAAGUUCUGGGCCGGAGGACGAUGCAAAGGAUGUCACUGCCCUGACCAAGACGCAACGACGUGCUCUGCAACGAAAGAGUCAGCGACAGGCGAUCAAGGACAGUCAUUUGCAACAGCAAGCAGAUGCGUCAGUAGAUCUGUCGGGUAAUCUAACAGGGUCGGAGCAACACAGUAAAGCCGACGAGGAACUGCUCGAGUCUGCGGAGCGCGUAGCAGAUCGAAUCAGAGCACGAUUUGGUAAUGAUCGAUCCGAAGCGCAAGACGAGCUCGAGCGGCAGGAGGGAUCGGAAGAAGGUGAUGCGAUGUCAAUAGAUGAUUUGCCAAGAAUGGAGCCCUCUGUAAGUCGUGGAAACCAGCCAGCAUCGGACAGGAAAAGUACAACGACGAUGCCUCUUCCACCGCUGGGUCUUGGCGCGGUGGGCCUUGCGCGCUCGCUAGGCACUACCGGCGCAGCCAUGCUUGCUUUCGAUGCACGCAAAGCAGGUCGUUUCGCACAGAUGCAGCCGCCAAAAGCUGGGAUGGGAGCUGCCCUCCCUUUAGAUGCCGCGCUUCCUGUCCAGGUUGAGAGCAGCGGCAGCGACAGCUCCGCAUCAAGCAGCACCAACAGCACCAACACUUUCACUUCAUCAUCUUCAGCGACCACUCCUGUACCGCGCAAAGACUCGAGCAAACCCAAGCCAUCUGUAAAGCCAAACGGUGGACCGUGGGUAAAGCCAGGGGAGGGUAAGGCUAAGACGCAAGCCAAAAACGCAAAGCGUCGCGCGAAGCAGCGCGAGGAGCUUUUCAAGACAAGGCGGGAGGAAUUCGAAGCUUUACAGAAGAGGCUCGCGCUAGGGCUACCAAGGCCUACAGAAAUCGAAGUGCAAGCUGGCCCCUCCAGGCCAACGCAUGCAACAUCAGGCGACAUGCAGCCUACGUCCAGCGAGCUCACCUCUGAUGAAUCAGAGUCAGACUCUAGUAGUGACUCUGACUCCGACGAGACGUCGAGCUCAUCCACCAACUCUGAGAGCGCCUCGGGCGAAGAUCCAGAUUCCUCCUCUGACGUCAGUGAAAUCGAAUCCAACGCCUCCACUUCCUCGUCAGACACGUCUUCGAAUCUCAAAACACCCGGCUGGAAUUUGUCUACUACGAGCUCCGUCCUAGCUCAACUGCCUUCAAAACCAGCUCCGCAAGCCUCUGCGCCCUUGGAGCUUCCGCCGGGCGGCGGUCUGCUCGGCAUGGAAGACGACGUUGAGAUGGAAGAUCUGGACGACAACAGCGUGGCCGGCCCUUCUGUGCUCCCACAGAGCUCCCUUGAGGAAGUGGCCCGCAGAAUGCUGCGCAGGCGCGUCAACACCAGGCGAGGUCCGCUGGCUUCUCAUGCCAUCACUAACAGCAUUUCGGCCAGGUUCAGAGCGGCGGUUGACGCGGGUGAGAGCGCCGACGUAGCACCAGCCGACGCUUCAGGAAUGCCACCCUCAUCGCAAUCGGUGACACCGUCAAUCUCGACUGCGGUGGCCAGUACAACCUCGUCAGAAACGCCGCGAAGAGCUCCGCCGCUGCCGUCUGCGCAGCCAUUGCCACCUGGUGUUCGUGUCAAGUCGCUCGACUGCACCCAGUGGUACGACAUGGCGUGGAGCUCUGGAUGGCCAGAUGGAUGGUACUCUACAUGUAGCGACGAGCCGCUUCCGGAGACCACCGAAGCGGCGACUGUGCCCGACGACGACGUGGACGUUGUUGCCGACGAUUUCGCAAGAAAUGAAGAAUUUCGGGCACAAGAGGAAUGGGCAAGGUUGCAGGCGCAAGCACGAGCGGCGACCGACGUUGCUUUGCAACAAGAAAAGGAUGCAGAAACACAGAAGCCACCAAAGUUCUCUCAGACAGCUGCUACUGCUGGUGAUACACAGCAAACGCAGCAUCAGGCACCUGCGGCGACGACGAUACACAAUGCCGAGGUGCUGGCGUCAGGCUUGCCCUCUGCCCUAGACACUGUCAGCCCUCAACAAGCUAGCGCUAUUGCGCUGGACAUCUCCGAUGCGACAAACGCAGCUACACUACAACGUCUGAGCGCUCCCACUACGAGUGUUCCAGCGCUCAAAGUUGCAUUGUCGCCCCCUGGGGGACACUCUUCACUUCCGUUGGCAUCUCCUUUGCACUUGUCUCCUUCUAGCAUGCACCUGUCAUCCAAAGUUGCUCUUUGUAUAGAGCCGAUGGCAGCUACCGCCCCAUUGUUCGAGGGCAGCGGACAACAUAGGCAGACGCAGACAUCACCUCGCGCAACGCCAGAGCCCGGCUCUGCCGUCUCUCCGAGAGACGGACGACGAUCGGUUGACACAAGUCGUGCUAGUAAAGAUCGGUCGCCGAGGGAGCAUCGUUCCCGAGGGGAAGAGCGUGAAAGGGAUCGGCACUCGUCGAGAGACUAUCGACACGACAGAGAAGACCCAACAAGGAGCGAGCGUUACCGUAGCGACUAUGGGUGCAGGGAAGCAACACUAGACGAGCGCGGCUCGUCGCGUCACUCAAAGUCAAUAUACGAAGACCGCCGAAGAAGUGUAGGAUACUCUGCAAGGGACGGUGCGCGUCCCAGGGAUGACUACGAUGUCAAGUAUGCCAGCCGUACGUGGGAGGAUGAUCGCUACCGGCUAGCGCGAUCUCCACGAGAAUCAUCGACUUAUCGACCGCGCAAUGAGGAUCGACAGGACGACAUUCGCUACUCUCGCUACUAUGACCGCAAGAAGAGCCAGGAUAACGAGAAGGGACGCAGUGCGAGUGAAGCAUCGCGUGUCUCACCUGACAAAAGUUGCAGAGAAUCUAGCAGCCGGCUGUCAGAGACCAAAGUGGCCCCUCCCUCACCUCCCAAAAGCCCGCGUCUACAUCGUGCCGCUCUGCGUGAAGCUCGGAUUCCAUCAAAUGUCAGUACUUCCCAUGACCUGCGUCCCUCAGCACUACCGCAUGCUCCGAAGAUCAUCUCCGAGGGCCAAAGCGCAAAUUCGACGCUUCAAAAGAUUCCGACUGGCCCUAAAGGCACAGCUACAACGGCUCGGGCAAGCGCCGCACCGACCCGCAAGUACAAAGAUAUUGACCAUGCCAAAGCGGAGGUGGCGAGCAAGGACUCUUCGCGCUCAUUUGCUUAUAUGAAUCUGGAUUACGGCAGCCCGGAACCCGGGGAGAUUGUCGAACAGAGGGCCAAGGAAGUGACGCCUGUCCAGAAUGAAACUUCGCCUAAGUCGAGCGUGCCAGAACAGCCGAAUGGCAGCACCGAGCAGGAGGCAAACAUUGCACGCGAACAGACUCAGCCGGCUGCCAAACAGCCUGGUCCAGUCAGUUCCAGCGCACCAGCCGCAUCGCUACCUCUUGACGUGCUGCGCCUUCGAGAGAUGGCGCUGGCUUCGCGAAAGAAGCGAUGA